GAGGGCGGCAGGGGCGGUGCCUACGCCCCGUGAGGUCGGGGGCAAAGGCGCUGGCGCGGCAAGCCGGGCGCACCAGCAGCGGUGGGCUCAGCGUGCGCCCGAAGACCCGGUGGCACCGUCUGGGCUGGCUCAGGAUGAGGACGCGCUGGGCGACCCCUCGCUGCGCUGCGGGGCUCCUCGCGCUGCUCCUCCCGUGCCUGGGGCUGGCGGAGCCCAUUGGCCGCGCAGGUAAUGAGCCAUUCACCAUUGUCAACGAAAACACAGGCAAGUGCCUCAAGGUACUGGAUGACUGGAUAGUAGCAAAAGAUUGUAAUGAAACCGAGGACGUGUUAUGGAAGUGGGUGUCGCAGCAUCGGCUCUUCCAUUUGGAGUCCCAGAAGUGCCUUGGCCUAGAUAUCACCAAACCCACGUACUCUUUGAAAAUGUUCAGCUGUGAUUCCCAGGCCAUGCUAUGGUGGAAAUGUGAGCACCGUCAUCUGUACGGUGCUGCCCAGUACAGGUUGGCUGUGAAGGACGGAUACGCCAUAGCGAGCACAAACGUGUCCGAUGUCUGGAAGAAGGGAGGCUCAGAGGAAGGCCUGUGUGACCAGCCUUACCGUGAGAUAUAUACCAGAGAUGGGAACUCCUUUGGGAGACCUUGUGAAUUUCCAUUCCUGGUUGAUGGGAAAUGGCAUCAUGAAUGCAUCGUUAGUAAAAAUCAUAGUGGGCCAUGGUGUGCCACCACCUUAAAUUAUGAAUAUGAUCAAAAGUGGGGUAUCUGCUUAAAACCAGAAAAUGGCUGUGAAAAUAAUUGGGAAAAGAAUGAGAAGCUCGGAAGUUGCUAUCAAUUUAAUACUCAGGAAACUCUUUCUUGGAAAGAGGCUUACGUCUCAUGCCACAAUCAAGGAGCUGACUUACUGAGCAUCAACAAUGCUGCUGAAUUAACUUAUCUCAAAGAAAAAGAAGACAUUGCUAGAGUUUUCUGGAUUGGUUUAAAUCAGCUGUACUCUGCUAGAGGCUGGGAAUGGUCAGACCACAAGCCAUUAAACUUCCUCAACUGGGACCCAGACAAGCCCAGUGCACCUACAUUAGGUGGGUCAAGCUGUGUGAAAAUGGAUGCUGAGUCCGGUCUGUGGCAGAGUUAUUCCUGUGAGGUCCUACUACCCUACGUCUGCAAGAAACCAUUGAAUAACACCACGGAGUUAACAGAUGUUUGGACAUAUUCAGAUACCCGCUGUGAUGCAGACUGGCUGCCAAAUAAUGGAUUUUGCUAUCUCCUGGUGAAUGAAAGUGACUCCUGGGACAAUGCGAGUACGGAAUGCAAAGCCUCCGGUAGUGACCUCCUGAGCAUUCAUUCUUUAGCAGAUGUGGAGGUGGUUGUCACAAAACUCCAUCAUGGAGAUGCCAAAGAAGAAAUAUGGACAGGCCUGAAGAACAUAAACAUGCCAACUUUGUUUCAGUGGUCAGAUGGUAGUGACGUGACUCUAACAUAUUGGGAUGAGAAUGAGCCAAAUGUUCCCUACAAUAAGACUCCCAAUUGUGUUUCCUAUUUAGGAAAGCUAGGUCAGUGGAAAGUCCAAUCUUGUGAAAAGAAACUUAAAUAUGUAUGCAAGAAAAAAGGAGAAAAAAUAAAUGAUCCCAAGUCUGACAAGCUAUGUCCUCCAGAUGAGGGCUGGAAGAGACAUGGAGAAGCCUGUUACAAGAUUUACAGCGAUGAGGUCCCCUUUGGAAAGAACUGCAAUCUGACUAUCACCAGCAGUUUUGAGCAAGAAUUUCUAAAUGAUAUGAUGAAGAAGUAUGAUAAAUCUCUAACAAAAUACUUCUGGACUGGCCUGACAGAUGUAGAUUCACGUGGAGAGUAUAGUUGGGCAACUGUUGGUGGAAUAAAGCAGGCUGUAACAUUUUCCAACUGGAAUUUUCUUGAGCCGGCUUCGCCAGGUGGGUGUGUAGCUAUGUCUACUGGGAAGUCUCUUGGAAAGUGGGAGGUGAAGGACUGCAGAAACUUCAGAGCACUUUCAAUCUGCAAGAAAAUGAGUGGACCUGUUGAACCUGAGCAAAUAGCUCCCAAGCCAAGCGACCCCUGUCCUGAUGGCUGGCAUAGUCUCACCUCCAGUCUUUCUUGCUAUAAGGUGUUCCAUAUAGAAAGAGUUGUGAGAAAGAGGAACUGGGAAGAAGCUGAAAGAUUCUGCCAGGCACUGGGAGCACACCUCGCUAGCUUCAGUCAUAUGGAUGAAAUAACUGAGUUUCUUCAUUUAUUGAUGGACCAGUUCAGUGAUCAUCGAUGGCUUUGGGUAGGUCUGAAUAAAAGAAGCCCAGAUUUAGAAGGGUCCUGGCAAUGGAGUGAUCGCACACCAGUGUCUACUGUGAUCAUGGAAUAUGAGUUUCAGCAAGAUUAUGACAUCAGAGACUGUGCUGCUGUCAAGGUCAAUCAAAGGCCGUGGCGAAGAAGGUGGUAUUUCUAUGAAGAGAGAGAAUUUGUUUAUUUCAGGCCUUUUGCUUGUGAUACAAAACUUGAAUGGGUGUGCCAGAUUCCAAAAGGUCAUACUCCAAAAACACCAGAAUGGUACAACCCAGAGCGUGCUGGAAUUCAUGGACUUCCACUUAUAGUUGAAGAAAGUGAAUAUUGGUUUGUCGCUGAACCUCACUUAAACUUUGAAGAAGCUUUCCUGUACUGUGCUAGCAAUCACAGCGUUCUUGCCACUAUCACAUCUUUUACAGGACUGAGAGCCAUCAGGAACAGAAUAGCCAAUAUCUCUGGUGAUGAACAGAAGUGGUGGGUGAGAACAGAUGAACGGCUAAUAGAUCAUCCUUUUUCACUCUCACAUCAUCGAUGGCACUACUUUCCUAUGUUUUGGGAGGAAUGCUUGUACAUGUCUGCCAAGACUUGGCUUAUGGACUUAAAUAAACCAGCAGACUGUAAUACCAAGUUGCCCUUCAUCUGUGAAAAAUAUAGUGUAUCUUCAUUAGAGACAUACAGUCCAGAUCCUACAGCUAAAAUACAAUGCUCUGAGAAAUGGAUUCCUUUUGGGAAUAAGUGUUUUCUAAAGAUCACACCCCAGUUUCUUACAUUUUCUCAAGCCAAUGAUGUCUGUCAUUCCUAUGGUGGCACCCUUCCUUCAGUGUUGAGCCAGAGUGAACAAGAUUUUAUUACAUCCUUGCUUCCGGAUAUGAAAAGUACUUUAUGGAUUGGUUUGCGCUGGACUUCCCAGGAAAGGAUAAACAAAUGGACGGAUAACAAACAGCUGACCUACAGUAACUUUCACCCAUUAUUGGUUGGUCGGAGGCUGCAGAUACCAGCAAAUGUAAGUUUUCUAAAAAUCAGCAAUGUAUAUAACUCUGUGAAAUGCCUAAUCCUCCAUAAAUUGGCAUUUGGGAUGUAUUUCUGUCCCUUUCAGGAUGAACUCAACUUUGGUUGGUCAGAUGGAAAACAUCUGCAUUUUAGUCGCUGGGCUGAGAAUAACCACCAGCUUGAAGACUGUGUAAUGUUAGACAAGGAUGGAUUCUGGAAAACAGCUGAUUGCGAAGACAGCCAACCGGGUGCUAUUUGCUAUUAUCCAGGAAAUGAGACUAAAAAAGAGGUCAAACCAGUUGACAGUGUUAAAUGUCCAUCCCCUGCUCUAAAUACUCCAUGGAUACCCUUUCAGAACUGUUGCUAUAAUUUCAUGAUAACUAAGAAUCGACACAUGGCAAUAACACAGGAUGAAGUUCAUUUUAAAUGCCAACAACUGAAUCCAAAAUCACAAAUGCUAAGCAUUCGAGAUGAAAAGGAGAAUAACUUUGUUCUUGAGCAACUUCUACACUACAAUUAUAUGGCUUCAUGGGUCCUGCUAGGGAUAACAUACGAAAAUAAUUCUCUUACGUGGUUUGAUAAGACUACGCUGUCAUAUACACACUGGAGAGCAGGAAGACCAGCUGUAAAAAAUGACAAGUUUUUGGCUGGCUUGAGUACUGAUGGCUUUUGGGAUAUUCAGACCUUUAACGUUAUUGAAGAAGCACUUUAUUUCUACCAGCACAGCAUUCUUGCUUGUAAAAUUGAAAUGGUGGAUUACAAAGAAGAAUUUAAUACCACACUGCCACAGUUCAUUCCAUAUAAAGAUGAUAUUUAUAGCGUUAUUCAAAAAAAGGUAACAUGGUAUGAAGCAUUAAAUGCAUGCUCUCAAAGUGGAGGUCAGUUGGCAAGUGUCCAUGAUCAAAAUGGCCAGCUCUUCCUGGAAGAUAUUGUGAAACGUGACGGAUUUCCACUGUGGGUUGGCCUCUCAAGUCAUGAUGGCAGUGAAUCAAGUUUUGAAUGGUCUGAUGGCAGUGCAUUUGACUACAUCCCAUGGAAAGGCCAAAAGGCUCCUGGAGAUUGUGUUGUUGUGGAUCCAAAAGGAAUUUGGAAACAUGAAAAGUGCAGCUCUGUUAAGGAUGGUGCUAUUUGUUAUAAACCUACAAAAUCUAAAGAGCUGUCCUCUUAUACAUACUCACCAAGAUGUCCAGUAGCAAAAGAGAAUGCAUCACAGUGGAUCCAAUACAAGGGUCACUGUUACAUUUCUGACCAGGCACUGCACAGUUUCUCAGAGGCCAAGCAGUUGUGUUCAGAACUUGAUCAUUCUGCAACUAUUGUUACCAUAGAGGAUGAAGAGGAGAAUAAAUUUGUGAGCAGACUGAUGAGGGAAAAUAAUAAUAUUACCAUGAGAGUUUGGCUUGGAUUAUCCCAGAGUUCUGCUGAUCAAUCCUGGAAUUGGUUGGAUGGAUCAGAAGUGACGUUUGUCAAAUGGGAAAAUAAAAGCAAUAGUGAUGGUGGAAAAUGUAGCAUUUUGUUAGCUUCAAAUGAAACUUGGAAAAAAGUUGAAUGUUCUCAUGGCUAUGGAAGAGUGGUCUGCCAAGUUCCUCUGAGCCCUGACUACAGAGGAAUAGCUAUCACAUUUGCUGUGCUCGGUGUCCUAGUGCUCGUCAGUGGACUGAUCUGGUUCCUCUUCCUAAGAAACCGUUUCCACUGGAGAGGCUUCUCAUCAGUUCGGUAUGAACAAGGAAUGAAUGAAGAGGAGAUUGUGCUUCCUUCCUUCCAUGACUAAAUUCUUCUGAAAGUUUGCUAAUUUGCACUAAUGUGUAAGAAAAAAUGAGCCACUUAAAAGUGUCCCAGUGUCAGUAUUUACUCUGCUCCACAGUACAAGUCUGAAGUACUCUUCAGUGGUUCAGUUGCUGUUCUGGUAUCCACAAGCAACUGGCCACCAAAUGCCAUGUUUACAAACUCUACUUAAAUAGUGAACAGGUCGCAAAGCUGGAACUAAAGUCAAAUGCUUUGUAGGGUAAUAAGUCUAACGUGCAUCUUCUUUGUGAGUAUGUGGGUGGUAACGAGGAUGAUUUCCUUUAGUGACAUUUUCAACAUGUCUUGGGAAAUUUAAACAGGCAUAAGUACUAGGUUAUCCAAUUACUUUUUAAUUUUAAGAGCAUCUGGCCAAAUGCAAACAUAGAACCUCAAGGUAAAAACUCAACUGUAAAUAAUAUUGACAUUGUUUCAAAAAAAGCCGUUUGUAGCAUUUGGGGAAAAUUAUUGAACAAUAACAUUUUCCCUUUGUUUAGGAAAAUGAUGUCUUAUACUAUUGCUUCUUAUACUAUUCCAAAGUUAUGUUAUACCAAUGUAAUCUAAAGGCAAAUAUUUUUGUUCAUAAUUCAUAAUAAAUCAACUUUUACAUAUUUAAAAAGAGUAUAUUAUUGUUAGCUUGCUUAGGUACCCUGUAGUAGUGUAUUUUGUCUUUUCUGAUGUAGUACAUCUGAGUAUUUGCUUUCUAAAGAGAUUCAGUGAGGGAUAAGAAUGUUUGAAAAGUUCACAAUUUAUAUGCAAGGAUUUCAAAAAGUUCGUGGAAAAUGCCUAUUAUGAAAAAAUUAUGCAUGUUUUGUGCAUGGAUUUAAAAAAUUUUUGGCAUCAAUAUAAGCAUAACUUUCAAUGCUAUUGUCCACAAACUUUUUGAAAUAUCCUCACUUGACACAACCUGCCAACUUUUGACCAAAAUUUUUUUAUUACUUUGUUGCCUUUUUACAUGAAAUAAACAGGAGAGCAGUCCAUGAAGGAAAUUUUUUGUGUAACUUGCACUUGUAAAAAUGAGAUUUUUGCAAUAAAACUCUAAACCUUGAAGUUACUACUAAAAUAUUUUAAAUUAUGAAAAAUAAAACAUUGUUUUGUAAUUAUCACUUUAAAUUUUACCACCUAGAAUAUAUUUUUAAUAAUAAUACCAACUGGACAUGAUGAAUGCUUUAUUCAGUGUUUAUAUUUGUACUUUAGAAUAUUUUUAUAUAAAAUUCAUAGAUUUAUUUUAAAUUUAGUUUUUGUACUACCAUAAAGUUGUAAAUAAUUUUCAAAGAUAGCUUUAAAGUAGCCUACAAUUCCCUUAAGUAUUUUUCAUUGAAUUUGUUAGACUAGUUCUUUUGCCCUGUGAUCUGUAAAAUUUUAAUCAUUAAGAUGUAAAGUUUUAUCUUUUAAGUAAACAUGUUGCUGUUGAUCCUUACUGAAAAAAAAAAUAAACCUCUGGAUUGGGCUUCAUUAUUUUAGGCAUACAGUGUGACAAGAAAUAAAGUGUCCAACUAUUGUAAGUAGAGCAUUGUUUAGAGAGUUUGUGUUUAUUUUUAAAAAUGUAUUUAUUUGAGAGACAGAGAAACAGAAAGAGCAAAAUCUCCCUCAGCUGCUGUCUCACUUCCCAAAUGCCCACAACAGCCAGGGCUGUGCCAGGGUGAAGCCAGGAGCUAGGAACUGCAUCUUGGUCUGCUACACAUAGGUGGCAGGGCUGAUUACUUGAGUUAUCACCUGCUGCCUCCCAGAGUGUAUGUUAACAGGAAACUGGAAUAAGGAAUAGAGCCUGGACUAGAAGGCAAGCACUUCAAAAUGGAAUGCAAGCAUCCCACACAGUGUCCACUGUGUGCAUUCUUUAAAGAAUAAAUAUCAUCAUCCCUACAUUGUUGAAUGUUUGAUUGUAGUUUCCUUCCAGAUUGCUGUUGUUCAAUAUGUCUUCUAACUAUCAGGUUCAGCAUGGGUCCCCUCUAGGUUCUACUUUUUCCUCAUUCUUCAUGCUCCUCUUAGAAGAUAUGUCCACCACCCCCAUCCCCUCCAAGGCAUUCAACAACCAUUUCUACACUCAUAGUUCAGACAUACAGUUCUAGGAUCAUAAUUCCAACUAUCCACUGGACAUGAGAGUGCCUCUCAGCAUGUUCAGAAUUUCUCAUAGUAUUUUUCUGUCCUCAUUUCCCCUGUUCCAGAUGUCUCAGGAGAACUAGAGACAGUCCAUUUCUGUAUUUCCUAACUAAUCCAGCUAUCUCACAUUGACAGAAUUCAUUGCUUAAAACCAGGCAGCAGGGUUGGGCGUUGUGGCCCAGUAGAAUAAAUUGGUGCUAGGGUCUCCUGAAUCUCAUAUAAGAGUGUCAGAUUGAGUACCAGCUACUCUGUUUCUGAUCUAGUUUCUUGCUGAUGAUUCCUGGGAGGCAAUAGAUAAUGGCUCAAGUGCUUGGGCCCCUGCUGCCUCCAUCAAGCACACAGAUGGAGUUUUGGGCUUCUGGCUGUGGCCCGGCUGUUACGGGGAUUUGGAAAGUGAACUAGCAGAUGAAUGAUAUUCUCUCUCAGUCUCUCUCUCUCUCUCUGGCUGUGCGUGUAUGUGUAUGUGUGCCUUUCAAAGAAAAUGAAAAUAAAUAAAAAUUUUAAAUUUGUUUCUACUCUAAUUAUAUAUACAACAUUUUUAAAAAGACAAAAUGGCAAGUAAACCAAAUGAUGAAGUACAGGGACAAAUAUAGAAGUGGUACCAAUAAUCACUCAUCUUUUUCCUUCCUC